UCUGAUGUCACUUCUCUCAAAAUAUUGCAAGUCAUCUGAUAUUGUACCGUUCUCGCAACAGAGGAAAGUGAGUAACUUUUAAUUCGUCUUUUUAAUUUUUUAUUAUUCAUUCAUUCACCAUGCAGAGACAGAGAAACAAGAGAGGAUAUAAUGAGGAUUUUGUAGACGGUCACCACUUGAAGUUAAACGAUUUGAAAGAGGAAGCUUUGAGAGUGGGUUUGGAACAUGGAUAUCUCUACAAAGAAAACAUCCCGGCAUACCCCCGACCAGAAUUUCAUGUUUCUCAUCUGAAUCAUGACACAAAUGGAUCUGGAUGUUCUGCCAUUAGCAGGGAUAAUGGCUUUAAGAAUCCACUCAAAGACUCUCUGCUGUGGUGGAGUCUGGUUGUAGGACCUGAUGAAAUAACAUCAGCUGAGCGGAGGCUCCUGGAGACCACAUACCCACACCGGACAGAGUGGCAAUCCCAAAUGCAGCAGAGCUUCUUGGGGAAGUUUGCCACCUCCCAGGCCUUCCAGAAGACUUCCAGGCUGGGCUCAUAUCGCUUCACCUUCCCUCUGGAGGAGGUACUGCAGGCCUACAGUGACCAGUUUUGCUCUGGUGCUCAGCCUGUAAUGCGGGUGUUCAAGACCAUCUUGUACAAAAAGGAAGUGGUAUACGCUGUGCUGGUCCACAGCCCAGCCGAUCAGGAGCGGUUCUCCCACUUCCCUUUGCUGACUGAUCACCCAGACUCUGUCUGCACUUACAAAGAUGGCUGUUUCAUCUGGAGGUCUCAGGCCAUGUGUAAAGAACACAGAUAUGAGUUGGUCUUGAGACCUGAUCAAAAGCAGAUCGAAGCAGAGGAGGUGCGGUGUCAGUAUUAUGUUUGGGAUAAUGUUGCCAUCGCCCUGCAGGUGGAUGAACAGGUGCUGAAGUUUGAUUGUAACCGACUGAGAGAGAACCUCAAGUUCUGUGAGAAAGCAGAGGUUACAAUUGCACGUGUUUAUGAAUUUGAGAAUUACCAACAAGCUCAAACUCAUGUUGCAGAUUUGUGGCCUGACAAUCCGUCACCACUGGAGAAAGCUGAAGAAGAACCAGCAAAGACGGAACAGAAAGAUAAUCUGAAUGUUUGAUUCAGUGGAAUAACAAGAGAGUUUUUGAGUUCAUCAUGUAAUCAGCAAAUCAAUAAUUGGGUUAUUGUAAAAAAAACCCAUUAAUAAUCAUAAAUUCUGAUCGAUGAUGCUGAAAUAUAAAAAGUAUAUGAAACAAAAAUUCUAGAUGUUGUUGAUAUCUGUCUUUCUCUUUACAUGGUAGAGUCUUAACAUAUAUUUGUAGAUGCAGUGACAAAUUGUUUAUGCAUGCAAGGGUUUUCUGAACUGUUCCUGAGUCCAUGUAGUCCUGUAUACAGUCAUGUCAGUUUUUAAUGCAGUGCUGCCUGAGGGGUUGAAAGUUAGAGGCAUUCAAUGCUUUAUUAGGGUUCUCUGAAUAUUUUUAAUGAUAUUAUGAUUUGUAGAUGGUGAGAUCCAUUAAUGAAUUUAAACUGUGUGUUGCCAAUCCAAUGAUUCUGCAUUUUUCCAGUCUUUUGUUGAUCAUGUAGCUGCAUCAAAUGUAUAAGUGUAAGUGUAUAUUUACAAAAGGCAAUAAAGUUUAUCCGUUUGAACAUAA